AAAAUAUUAAAGUAAAGACUAUAAUAAAGUAAAAGUAUAAAAUAUGACUUGCUGACAUUUGUUUUCCAGGCAUGGCAUUAAAGGGCAGAGUGCCACAGCAAGAUUGGGGUUACGUUAAUGUGAGAAGUGAUGCACACAUGUUUUGGUGGUUAUAUUACGCAACCCAUGCUACAAAAAACUAUACUGACGUUCCGUUGGUUAUGUGGCUUCAGGUAAGAGAAUUGUUACAUUUCUGAAAAUUUUAAGAUGCAAUCUUCCGAAAUUAUAUGCCAACACCACUACCUUUUUAUACGGCAUCUACUGACCAGCAGGUUCUUACCCUGGUCCACAUUACUGUUCUGUCAAAUAUUCGAAACAUGAGACAGAAAACUAAUAUUAUUCAAGUGUGAGAGAUCCUGAUUUCCUACAGGAUGAAACAUAAUAUCUCUUAUUGUCAAGGGAUCACAGAUUUCAUAAAACGCUCCCACACUAAAAAUAGCCUUUAUGAUCCACUAUUAAAUAAACUCAACAAGUACCAUAAUCCAACGAUGUGGAAAUUUAAAAACCAUUGCUUAUUUAAUGAUUCCAUGUAAAGACAUUCUCCAGACAUGUCCGUCUCCCUCUCUCUCUGUUAGACUGUGACUUACACAAACAUGAUUUUUAUUGUAUUUUAAAAGGGUGGACCGGGAGCUUCUGGAUGUGGAUAUGGAAACUUUGAAGAAAUUGGCCCUUAUGACACGUACUUGCAUGAAAGGAACACGACCUGGGUAUGAUGGCGGUUUUCGUUUUUUUUUUUUUUAUUUGUGGGUAAGGUAGCGACUGUUUUUAGACAAGAAAUCACAACCUAUUUUUCCCGGUACAAGCUGUCAGUGGGAAACCGUGUCCAAAUCUGAUGGAAUUAUUAUUAUUAUUUUUUUUUUUGUGUUUGAAUAGAGUAUAUAAUCAUUGUCUCUAGUGCCUACCCUUAAGACAUCCAUAGAUAUAUUGUAUGCUCUGUGCAUCCACAUUGAGGUGUCAUUGAGUACUCAAUCAGGGUUAUUUAGCUGAACUUCCGGUUCAGCUAUUUUAUACCAAGAUAGCUGAACUGGAAGCAUAGCUGACUGGGAGAUUUCCCCAAUACAGCUAGUUUGACCUUACAGGGACACUAUAGUCACCAAAGCAACUUAAGUUUAAUGAAGCUGUUUUGGUGUAUAGAUCAUGCCCCUGCAGUCUCACUGUUCCAUUCUCAGCCAUUUAGGAGUUAAAGCACUUUGUUUAUACAGCCCUAGUCACACCUCCCAGUAUGUGACUUAAACCGCCUUUCUAAACACCUCCUGUAAAAUGAGAUCUAAUGGUUUUUACUUCCUUUAUUGCACAGUCUGUUUAAUUUGGAAUUUUUUUUAUCCCCUGCACUGUUAAUAGCCUCAUAUACCCUACAUAAUCAGAAACAAGAGAUUUUGAUUCCUAAAUGGCAGAGAAUUGAGCAGUGAGACUACAAGGCCUAAUCUACACACCAAAACUACUUAAUUAGGCUAAAGUUGUUUUGAUGCCUAUAGUAUCCUUUUAAAUUUACUUUGAAUUCCCACUUUAGCGAAUAACCCUGAAACUGUGGAUUUUACAAGUGGAUCCAAGCUUUCUUUUUUAUGCCUUCCGUAAAGGGAUAUUCACUGUCUGUCACUGUGAGUGCAUUAAAUGAACCACACUCCUUGUUUUUCUCUAUUUAAAUGGUCUGUAAACUGUGUUCUAGGUAAAGGAAGCUAGUGUUCUCUUUGUGGAUAACCCGGUGGGAACUGGAUUCAGCUACACCACUAAUGACGAUGCUUUUGCAAAGGAUGUGUCCACUGUUUCUGCUGAUAUGAUUGUUCUUCUCAAAGACUUCUUUAACUCCAAGACGGAGUUCCAGGUGAUUAUACAAAGUACUGGGUGGCAGCUCUGCCGGCAUUGUGAAUGUGUGCCACGCAGAGUUCGACUGCUCGGAACAAUCAGAGUAAAUGAUAAUGUAGAUAUGCCAGUGACGGGUCUGUAUGGGAAGUUCAACACUGGUAGGGUUAAUGACUUGUCUGCAGUGGCGUAGCUAGAGGGUGCAGGGGCGGCCAGGGUCAGGCAUGCUCCAGAGCCGGUGAGCUCGGACACACUAAAUGACUUGAUCAUGAGAUGUAAUUCCUUUUCUGUUUUGGUUAUUGUGUGUUUUGUUCUUUUUCAUACUUUUUUAUUUAUUUUUUUCCCUUUUAUUUUCUAGAAAAUACCAUUCUAUAUAUUUUCCGAGUCCUAUGGAGGGAAGAUGGCAGCUGCGAUUUCUUUAGCACUUAACAAGGCAAGUUGCAUCAAUUUAAGGGGAGCUCUUUGAUCCAUAAGUAAUAGAACACUCUGCAGUGGUUGUGGUGCGAGCAAGACCCUGGUUCUGUGUUAAACUUUUUUUUUUUUUAUUAUUGGUUUGACCGAGAUUGUCUUCUGGAUGCCUGCAGCCCUGCCCCUCACUGUCCACAUCACUAAUACAGAAAUUUUUAAUUAACAAUACCCAUUCCAACCAAAUUUUGCUAACAUUUACUGCCAGUCCAUAUUGUUUUCAAAGUUGGACAUAAUUGAAAACUGUUUGACAUAUAGUCAGAAGCAAUCUGUACCAUACCCAUUACAGAGAACUGCAGUGCUUAGUGUUCCUUUAAAGCUAAAAUAGUAGAGCCAAAGAAAGAGUUGGGUAUUAUACAUUUAUUUCUUUGGUAUAGUUUCAUCCCCUGUGCUAUUUCUUCUUUACCAGGAAAUAAAGUCAGGAAGAAUUAAAUGUAACUUUGGAGGAGUUGCUCUCGGUGAUUCCUGGAUAUCUCCUGUUGGUGAGUUAACGCUGUUUACGUAUUGCUUGGGGUCUCCCUAACUCGAAAUAGAAAUAAAUGACUGAGGACCUUGCACACUGUGCUUAGAAAAGUCCACUACACCUCACUGCUCCACAUAUCAGGCCAAAACCGUGGUCUGAUAGGAAGCUGAUAUGUAUGCCCUCUGUCAUGGCACAAGCUAAAACUCCUUCGAGUUCUGAUCGGGGACUAACUGGAGACGAAGCUCCUGAGUUUAUGUCCAUUCUCGGUGUCCUCUCUCUUUCUUUUGGAAAUGCUAAAUACCAAAGUUUUUUAUGAGAUGGUCGUUCAUCAUUACCACAUCAUUUCCCUGUUUAAAAUUCUAAAUCAUGUAACACCUGUGAUGGGGUGUCUGUGUCUCCCACUCCACCUUUACUGUUUCACUGAACCAAGGCUCUUUAUUUCCUGCUGUGCUGUAAGAUUGCUGUCUAUCCAUUUUGCUGGACCACUGUCUCACAAGGUCUUAUCUCGGCCUUCACGAUAAGAUGUAAGCAGAGAUAAAAUGGGUAAAAGGAGUCCACACAUUCACCUGUCUCUUCUGUUUGCAGAUUCUGUUUUAAGCUGGGGCCCCUAUCUUUACAGUGCUGUAAGUAUAUGUUGUUUUCAAAAUACCAGAUAACUUUUUUUAUAAAAGGUCAGUUUUGAGUUAAACAACAAUGCUACAAAAUAAUGUAUUUAAAUUCUACAUCGUGCAUUGUGUGAAAAUGGUUUAAAUGAGCUUAAGGAACACUGCAUGUAUCGUAACCACUACAGCUCGUUGUAGUGUAUAUGGUGCCAUGUUUGCCUUGUUUUGACAACUUACCUGGGUCCCACUGGACGCCCACAGCAUGUCUGCUCUUCUCCUCAUGUUGUAGCUGAGUAUCCCAUAACUUGAAAAUUAUGAACAUCUGUAUCUCUUGUAUUUCAGUCUCUGCUUGAUGAUCAAGGUCUAAGCAAGGUUAAGGAGUGUGCGAAGGAAGUGCAGAACGCUGUCAAGAAUAAUCAGUUUGACCGCGCCACAGAAUUGUGGAGUAAAACAGAGGACGUAGUCGAACAGGUAUCAUUUUGAUUUAUCAGAAUCCUAAUUUGUACAUUAUAUAGAAUAGAUGGCUAUUUAAUAUAUUUUACAUACGUGUGUGUGUGUGUUGCAUAUGCAUGUUUGUGAAUUUUUUUUGAUGUCUAGAUCUUCAGAUUUGGCCACAGGAACUGCCAACAGAUCAGGUUAAUGGGAUAUGUUCAUCAAAUAUAUAACCACAAUAUAAAUGUUUCUACUGUAAUAUAUUUAUUUUAUAUAGUCUAGAUCUUGUUUGCAGACUUUGAUAAAUAUAGAAUUAUAUAUUCCAGGUCAAUUCAAGUGCUUUUCAUAGGCCCAUCUUUAUAGCCUCUUUCUCAUAACUGCUUUAAACCGAACCAUUCUGGCUAACCCCCAGAAUUAAAGUAAUCGACUAGUGUGUAUUAUGUCCAGCCUCUGUCUGUUGUCCAUAUCGGCCUUUUGUCUGCCAGGUGACCAAUAUAUGGUCUAAUAUAUGAAUGUGACAGUAGAUAGUGUGAGAUGUUUUCCUGCGUUACUGAUGUCAGUCCAUUUGCAUGCAGUUUGUAUUGAGUAUUUUGUAACAGGAAGACCUGGGUAACUCUCUAGAUUUUGGAUGCUACAAAAGUAACACAAAGCCAGUCCUAUGAUUAAGGGGGCCAGAGAUACAUUUCUUAGUAGAAACAAGAUAUAGGCGACAGUAUGGAAGGUGCUGAUUGGGAGGAGAUCUGGGAGGCCUUUGGCCAAGGUUUCUACAGGUUUCACCAAGACUUUCUAUAUCACCUGGGUUACAGGGGCAAUCCUGUUAAAAUGAUGCUUAGGUUCUUCCAAUGCACAUAGGGAGGGGGGAGCUGCAGUGUGCCUUUCUGGCCCUUAGAGCAUGUUUUAUCACAUUUGCUGGCCGUGGCCUAGAAUUUAAGCAGUUUGACAUUGAAAUGCCCCUCUGCUCUCUAGAGCUUUUGAAAAGCUUAUUACACUGGAAUCAUGGAUGUGUCUACUUUCUUUCUCUUCUAAUAAUCUUGAGAAAAUACAAAACAAGCGAACAUCCAUAAUCUCCUAGCAAUUAGAAAAUCCAUUAAACAAUUCUCUGCCCUCUGUGUUUGCCUUUAGAAGCUCCGAUUCAAACUGAGGCGCAUCUAGCCAAAAUAUUAUCUGAUGCAGUGCAUCGCACCCCAUGUAAAUGUGAAGCCUGGAUUUGGUGCAUGUGUGUUAUUGGUGGCAAGUCUCUACUCCACAAACAGGCUGCUUUUUAAAAAAAAAAAUUUCCGUCCCACUUUAGCUUUUUUGUUUGUUUUAAAAUCUUCUGGCCAUCAGAUCAGUAUACAAUGAUACUUAUGUUAUACAGACUCUGUCUGCAGAAAGUCCUGACAGUGUUUGUGCAUGAUGAUACUUUGGCCUCUGCUAAUUAUAGUGAAGUAAAAAAUCUCUGAGCAGAUACAUUUAUUAGCUUCCCUUCUGGUUAGUCUUCUCUCAAACUAUUUAAAGCUCAUUUGUGCUAUUACAGAGUGAACCAAUUUCAUUUCCUCAUCAUACUGAUCUCUCCUGCAGUGGCAUCUUGAAGCUAAAUGCUAACAUUUUCCUUUUGCACAAGAAACACAGCAGCUUACGUUGGGCCUCCUCAGUGACGAGUGAUAUUUUUGCUCGCACUGCCUAGAUGGGUUAUGUCUGGUUUCAUAUGCGUCUGGUGCCUUUGCAAAAACCAGGAAUCUUUACAUGGGGCAGGCUGUACAGCCAGUGGGUAUCCUGUGUUUGCAGUCACGUAAAGAGAACUAUAGUAAAAUAAGGUUUGCUCAUCUGCUCCUUAACAUUACUCUGACCUGCAUUCACCAUCUGACCUUAAUCUGCUUUGUCUUUUCAGUAUACAGAUAAUGUGAAUUUUUACAACAUUUUAACCAAAGAAUCUACAAUGGACUACAGAAACAAAUUUAUGGAAAACUCAAAAUUUGGCAACAAUUUUCUCGGUAAGCUCUAAAAUGUAAUUGGUGAGAUUCUGGGUCUUGUAUCAAUGUUACAAAUUCUCAAAACUUUUCUUCUUUAGGGAAGCUUUUUCAACGUCACCUGCUACCUCGGCAAAACGACUACCUGUCUGAACUGAUGAAUGGACCAAUAAGGAAAGUGCUGAAAAUCAUUCCUGAUGAUGUCAUGUGGGGAGGUACAUUUAUUAGUUUAUAAUUCUGAACCAUAGAAAGUAAUAUCUACAUGAAGCAAUGUAUGUUGGUAUAAGUAAAUGAUUUUGACCAGGAGACUUUUUUUUUUGUGUGUGUGUGUCUGUGUGUGUGUGUAUAUUCUGACGUGCUAUGUUGCUCUCAAUACCUUAACUCUUCAGAUUAAUAUAGAGAUAUCCCUUUCAAAUCAGGUCAAGCCCAAGAUGUAUUUGCCAAGAUGGCUGGUGACUUCAUGAAGCCUGUCAUUGACAUUGUUGAUGAACUCUUGAGUGAGAACAUUAAUGUUACUGUGUAUAAUGGACAGCUGGACCUGAUUGUGGACACAGUGGGUAAGUCCAGCUUCCACUACAGAUUUGUAGCCUUUGCCUCUUUUUGUGAUUUCAUUGACAAAGAAUGCUAAAUCCGUUUGGCCAAAAAAAAACAACAUCCCUUUUAAUCAACCGUGUUAAUUGUUUUAUUUUAUAAUUCUUAAACUGCUCAAUGGUUUCAAUAUACUAGAUUAGUGUACCUGCCUUGAAUUUGUUAUUGGAGACAGGUAUAGCGUACCUUAAUACAUCGUUCUAUUACCUCCUUCACCAGCAAUAAAACCUGGAAUGUGUUAAUGCAAGUGCAAAUUUUAUCUUGAGAUCUUGUUUAUUACAUAUAUUUUACAUUACAUAUAUAUAUAUAUAUAUAUAUAUAUAUAUAUAUAUAUAUAUAUAUAUAUAUAUAUAUAUAUAUAUAUAUUUUAUUUUGUAAUCAAUAAAAUUACAGAGCUAUAUAGGGCAAAGAGACCAGAAUGUUUGUGGGAUUUCUUCCCCUUUUUUUUCCCCAUUUAAUCUAAGUGAACAGUUUAGUCCUGGUACCAAAACUUUGUCCCAACGUGUAUUGUUUCGGGAUGGGAUCCAUUUUUUGUUUGUUUGUUUGUGUUUUUAGGGCAGGAGAACUGGGUAAAACAAUUAAAGUGGCAGAAAAUGGUUGAGUUCAGAAACCGUGUGUGGAGCCCACUUCACAUGUGUCCUCAGUGCACAGAGACUGUGGCUUUUCAUAAAUCGUACGAAAACUUCAGCUUUUUCUGGAUUCUGAAGGCCGGGCACAUGGUAAGCUGUGCUUGUUUCGAAUUAAUCCAACGAUCACCCCAUGACGGACAUAAUAUUCAGUGUACAGAUUGGCACACCUCUGUUAUACAAUACCUGGUGGUCAUAGUUACGGCACACCAUAACUGCCUUCAGGAAAUACUCCUCACAUGCAGCACCUAUCUGACACCCUAUUAUUCAAACUACCAAAUUCACACACGUCACCCAUCUUUUACCCACAUAAUGUCUCUAUAUACAGCACCGCACAUUGGUCACCACCCUUGUACCAACAUCACACAUGACACCUAUUGGCCAUAGUGCGCACAGCACAUACUAUGCCUGCUUGCCACAUCUGUUCUUCUUCUCAACGUAUAACUUAUUUUGUUUAUGUAUAUAGAUUCCUUCGGAUCAGGGUCAAGUUGCCUUGAAAAUGCUCAGGAUGAUCAUCAGCAAGAAAUAGCAGGAGUGAAUCGUGUCCGUUAAGGGUUGGCUGUCUGGGAGUGAUAGUGCUGGGCGAGCAGUGGAGCAGAGCUCUCUGUUUUCAUAGAUCAUUCAAUUUUCAAUGAUUCUUGCUUUUGUGCCUUAUUAUGAAUUACACGAAGGAAGCCACUAAAAUGAUCAAUCGUUACUCAGUAUUGCACUUAAAUUUUAUUGUUGAGCUUAAACUGAAUGCGUUUCUAUUGCUGGUCAAUGUUUCAUAGCAUGUCACUAUUCACAAGCAAUCAUCGGGUAUUUGCAGAGUGAGUCAAUGCUUCUAUUGGAUAUAUUGUUAAAAACCGGUUAUGGAGAAUUUCAAAUGAGGAAACUUUUUUGUACUAAUAAAGGUAAAUAAACCUUGUGAAGAAACCCCCCUGUUCCCUAUGUUAUUUACUGUUUGCAUUACCUUUUUAUCCUCUAUUUGCUGCCUAUUGCAUUCGGUAGAUGAAACUACCGAACAAGGACCACCCUCUGGCUCAUUAAACAUCAAAGGUUUAGGUGAAAUUGCCACCUCUGUCUGUGCGGCCAGCGUUCGUUAGUUGAAUGCCAUGUGGCAGAGAAAACCACGGCCAUCUUUGUUCAUGCGAACAAAGGCAGCGGGACCUGGUCGGCGAUUGCAUGGAACUGUUUUACGGACACUCGACUUCCCGAACACCGGUCCCAAACAGAUGAACGCUGGAACUCUAUUUACCGAAUAGCUAGAAGAGCGCUAUUCGGUACUUUGGUGCAUUCGACAGAGGGGCACGAACGCUGCUAGGAGCCAGAGGGAUCAAUUCUGUAUUUUUAUCAUUUUUAUGUUUUUCGAAAGUGACAGGCAAAACCCACCAAAUUCGUGGAACUGUUUUGGGCAUGCAGCCCAGGGUGAGCCGGUCACACAAGACUUCCAUAAAAUUUGCGAACCCCUGAAUCGAUCUGGGUGAAAUUCGAAUAUGUUGGUCACCCAGAUCAGGGCUAUCAGGGGACACAUUUAUGGGGAUACCCCCAGUAUAAAGGGGUGUUCUGAAAGUUGGGGAAAAUGAUUUUUCAGCCCGGAGCUAAUUAAGUUACUAUUUUAUCAGACUAAAUUAUGUCCUGGGCUAGAGGAGGGAAUUGUGGGUGUGUUAACGUUUUGCUGCCUGUGAUUGGUAAUUGUUUGUCCCUCCCUGAGGGCUGUCCCCUUGCAUGGGGACUUGCAUAAAAGCUGUGUGUACCCAUUAAAGGACAGUUCAUUUUGUACUCUUCUUCUUGACUUCGGCUGAUGUUUGG